AUGGGCGCCAGGAUGAGUAGAGGAGUCGGCAAAGUUCCGAAAGAAACACCAAAGGCUCCGACUGCUCCAAAGCAGAAAUUACCAGAAUAUGUCCCUGGCGAAGGCAUCCGCUCGCUAGAUACGUCAGCUGGCUUCCGGACCCUCAAUUUCGAACUUUACGUCAAGGCAAACAAACCAAUCAUGGCAUUCGGUAUUGCCACAAUGUCCAUUAUCACACUCUAUUUUGCCUACAUGAAAGCGACAACAGAGAACAAAACUCUCGACGCUGAAUACGAUAAACUCUAUGGCGAAGGUGCUGCGAAUUAUAUGCGAACGCGGAAAGUGAAUAGUUGGGACUAA